AAACAUUCAAAGGAAAACCAACUCCAUCAAUAAUUCAUUAUGGAAAGAGUGACCAAGAUGGUGGCGGAGAGGCCGGUGGUGAUCUUCAGCAAGAGCAGUUGCUGCAUGUGCUACACCGUUAAGACCCUUCUCUCCGAAUUCGGUGUCAAUCCGGCCAUCCAUGAGCUUGACGAGAUCCCACGUGGACGUGAAAUAGAGCAAGCCCUCACCCGCUUAGGAUGCAACCCUUCCUUUCCCGCAGUCUUUAUCGGUGGAGAGCUUGUCGGCGGCGCCUCUGAAAUCAUGAGUCUCCACCUUAAACGCGCCUUAAUCCCCAUGCUCAAACGUGCCGGUGCUCUAUGGCUCUAGCUACAUAUACAGAUAUACUAUAUAUACUUUCAUAUAUAUUAUAAUUUCAUAUAAUUAAAAAAAGCAUGCAUGCACUUAAUAUAUAUAUAGCUAUACACUCCCACGGUUUUUUGCUUAGGGUGCUAUAAAUAGCUAUCUAAACUUAAAUAAAUGUCUCAAUCCACCUUUGUUUUUCUCUUUAUCAAUAUCUGAGUUGUAACCUCCUCAAGUUUUGGUAAUAAAUGGACUACUAAUUA